ACCUAUUUGAAGCUUUUUCGGAAAGCAGGAGCAAAAAAAAAAAAAAAAAAUGAAGGAAUUCUUUCCCUUUCAACGAGCUUCUAAGUAUCUAUAGCAACACGAUAGCUGUCAAGAUGGCUGCUUCUUAAAUAUUAAACUUUAGAUUUUCUAUGCUUUACUUUUAAAAUGGCAUUUAAAUUUAUUUUGGGGCACCACAUCAAAUCAAUCCUUAAUGAUGUUGAAGAAAAACAGAAAGAAGAUAUUAGAGACUUGACGAAAGGUCACCUGAAUGAGUCUCGACUGUAUAAAGCUCCCAUCACGCUAAGCAGCAAGUUUUGGUCAUCUGCCCACACAAAUCAUGUAAAAACAGCAGUACGGCAAAGUAAGGUCAGAGAAAAAGCCAAAGAUAAAGCCCAACAAAAACUGGAUGCAUUAUUCAACUUUAGCCUGGGCACCACGGGUCUUACAACAGAAAAGAAAAACUCUGAUAAAUCUUUUAGUGUUUCUACAAAAGCCAAGACAUCAGAAUUAAGUUGUUCUCAACUAGAUGGUAUUCUCAUUGAAGAACUUUGUCCACCACCAAGUACUGUGUUAGACGCACAUACCCCAACUUGUACACAAACAAGAGGAAACAUUUUACCCAGAAAAGGCGUGACUUGUGCUGAACAUUACAUGAACCUGAAGACGUUUGACACCUAUGUGCUGGAGAAGUCAGAGAUGCUUGAACAAAAUAUUUUAUCCGGGGAGAAAGCUGUACGCCAUCUUCAAACUCAAUUAAAAAUGGGGCUUGAGGGAAUAGAUGAAACAUCAAUUGGCCUUGACCGGUUGCAAGUUUUUAGCAAUAUCUUUGUCAAUAUAAUAGAGGAAUCACAGACAUUCUGUUAUUUAUUAAGUUCAAUUAAAGCUGAAUAUGACAGCUAUCUAGCCAUAUUGCUGAAGAGUCAACUAAGUCAUCUAGAUUUACUAAAGCAUCAAGUUGUUAAUUUUACUUCACGAGGACUGUCAAGACCCAGGGAAAUGACUUUAGCCAUUCAAAAGUUAGAUCGUCUUGAAGAAAAUGCUAGAGUUUUGCUGGAUUUGAACCGGAAGUUGAAAGACGAAUUGAGAAGAGACAUACAGACUCUCAGCAAGACGCCAGAAAUACCCGCAAAAAGAACACCGAUUGGCAGUCAACCAAAACUUGAACAAGCUAUUGAUCUCUCACAAGAGCUGGAAAAUGUAAAGGCUUUAAUAUUGGAGAAAUUGGAUGAGUUCAACGCUGUGCAUGUACGACUACGUGAAGACUAUGUGCCCACUACUGUCUGUACUCAUCUGGAGGAAUGUAUUAAGGAGACUGAGGUUGAGGUGCAGAAACUUUUAAAACAAAACGAAUAUUUUGAGCGAAGCAUAGCUGAAAUGGAAUCAGAUUUAAGGGAGGCUAUUUUAGAAGCUGACACGAGUGAGAAGGAUGGCAGGAGAAUAUGGCACAAAGUAAACUUAACCAGAGGAGAGCCAGGAUCUCUUGCUGAUGCUGAUGGUGAUGGUGACCUGGAUGACGAAAACAAGUGGAAUUGGUAUAUAUCAUAAUCUACAUAUGUGUAGAUCUCAUAAUCAACACACAUGUAUAUAUUUUAUAAUAUAUCAUAAUCUACAAAUAUGUAGAUCUCAAAUCCACAAAAUUUGUUUAUUGUAUUAUACAAUUUUAUAAAUGAUAUAGCACUAAUAAACAAUGGAACUAAAUGUUAUCCACUAAUUUAUCAUAAUUUUUAGCCUGAUUUUUACAAUGUUUGGUGUUAGUGUUUAACAUGGGAUUUGUGUUUACAAUGAGUGGUAAUGUUUAACCUGGUAUAACCUCAUCUCCUAUGUCACCAUGAUCCCACCCUUUGUACCCCCACUCCUCGCUUAAAAGCAAAUGUUAUUCCUUUUUUUUUAAAUUUUUAUUUGUUCAUCUAUGUACUUGUACAUCUACUUAUUUUUGAUUAUUUAUCUGCGUUAUGCUUUUUUUUCACCAUGACGCUUCCCCCUCGCUAGGUUUAAAUAUGUUUUUUUCCUCUGUCACUUGCAAUUAUUUUGAUAAUUUUUUAAAUUUAUUCAUUAUUUGUACACAAAUCCACAAUGUAUAUAAUGUAAGCGAAAAAUGUCAAACUAAAAAUUGACUUUGAUAAAUGUGCAAAUGUAAACUUUCCUGUAUUCGUUUACUGUUAUUAAUAUGAAUACCCCACAUUUUCUAACCUGUACACCCCACACUUCCUAACCUGUAGGCUACACCCCACAUUUUCUAACCUGUACACCCCACAUUUUCUAACCUGUACACCCCACAUUUUCUAUCCUGUAGGCCACACCCCACAUUUUCAAACCUGUACACCCCACACUUUCAAACAUGUACACCCCACAUUUUCGUACCUGUACACCCCACAUUUUCAAACCUGUACACCCCACAUUUUCAAACCUGUACACCCCACAUUUUCUAACCUGUACACCCCACAUUUUCAAACCUGUACACCCCACAUUUUCUAACCUAUACACUCACACUUCCUAACCUGUACACCCCACAUUUUCUAACCUACAACCAUGGCACCCCUUAAAACAAGAUUCACUGCCUCGGACGCAUCAUCUUGACCCUCCCCAUCCCACCAUGUUGGAUUUUUUCCGCAUUGAUAUCUAUUUCAAACUUCAUGUCAAUUGAAUCCUAUGUUUGUGUUUGUACAUUACCCAACCACGUCUAUUUGAGCUUUUUAUUAAUUACGAGCCGACCUGCGGCGUAGCAUAUGCCGCUAUUUAGUUGUUUUAUUCUCUACUUUUCAGUAAUCCAUAAUUUGUGAAUUCGACAGUACCAGUGCUGCCACUGAAAAUAUUCAAACACUAUCA